AUGUCGUCAUUCUCUUUCCGUCUACUGCUCAUCAGCAUUCUCCUUACUUUUGCUACGUUCGUUACCGCGCAGACGUCGUCGGGGGUACCUUCGACGCCUCCGCCUACAAGCAGUAAUCGUCCCUCUGUCAAUGGCACCACGACUAGACCCCCCGAGGUUGCGCCUACGGGAACCGACCCGCCAGAUGUGCUGCUCCGCGUUCCAGAACUGCAUGUAGGCCGCAUUGAGUUGACUGUCGAGAAACUGCAAGCCGAUCUUAACCUCAAUGCCAAAGUUGCGGGACUCGUCCAGAUCAACGCUGGUGUGCAAGUCGGUAUUGAGAAGGUCAACAUUACCAUUGCUGAUGUCGAUGUUAAUCUCGAACUCGUCGUGCGUUUGGGCAACUUGGUCCAGAUCGUCGAGCGUGUGUUUGACUCUUUGGACCUGAACCCUCUUUUGAUCGGCUUGAUUGGAAAUGUUACGGAUCUUGUUGGCGACGUUAUUGGUGCUGUUGAUGGUUUGCUCGGAUCCAUCACACAAAAUGGCAAAACUCUCAGCUUCCUCGUCGACAACCUGGGCAACAUUGUCCAAGAAGUCGUCGGAGGUGGUGCAGAUGCUAUUUCCCAGAUUGUCGGAAACUACAAGCUCAACAUGACCGAAGUCGAAGGCAGCAUCAAACAAAUCGGCAAAGGUCUCACUCAAAAGACCUACUCAUACGAGCCCCUCGGUUCCCUCGUCGACAUCAUUACCAACACUGCAGGCCAAGUCGUGCAAGCGGUAGUGCAGAAGAAGAAUUCCGGUGGAGGCGGCGGCAGCAGCAGCAGCUCCUCUUCCACUACAGCUUCGGCUACAGGAACCCCGAUGCCUGUUACGCUGCCGAUCAGCUCGGCGACGGGUACUGCGUAA